AUGGCUUUGGCUUACGUCGACAUGUCAUCCGUUAUCGAAGUGCAGGAGCGGCUUACUAGUCAUGGAGGCAUAGGACUGACGAGUGGCAGUCCGGCAUAUACCACACACACCGGUGGUCACACAGGCCGCAACGGGCCGACGAGCGGGCACGGUGGUAGUCACGGAGGUUCGCACGGUCCCGGCCCCACAAUGCACCACCAAACGCUGCAGUCGGACUUCCAGCCGCCCUACUUCCCGCCUCCCUUUCAUCAUACCACGCAGAGUCCUCCGCAGCAACAGAACCACGGCCUGGAUUACCUGAGUACAGAUCCUUAUGGCCAACCGCUAUCCUCGCUUCAUCACGCUCCCCUGCAUCACUAUAAUCAACUAGCCGGACUAAGACCUUCCCAAGAGCAAUUGGGACUUCAUCGAUCGCAUCGAGAAUCCGAACUUCAACAACAUGUGACGCAGCUCUCGCACGGGUUUCCGUACUCGGACAGACGGAGCGAUUACAGCGGUUCAAUCGGCAGUGGAGCCGGCGCGACGCGGCUAGGAGCCCACGAGCAUGAUCCUCUGUCGUUGCAUCAGGCACUGCAGAGUGCCGUCGACGAUGGCCAAAAUCCGGUGAUAGACGAGAAUGCCGGCUUCAUGAGCGAUCUGCCCUUGCUGAAGAGUAAAAAAUCAAUAAAGGACAGCAGCCAAAUGAACAUCGGUUCCCCGUCGGACGUGUUCUGCUCCGUUCCCGGCCGGCUCAGUCUCCUUUCCAGCACCUCCAAAUACAAAGUGACGGUCGCGGAAGUGCAGCGACGCCUCGCGCCACCCGAAUGUCUCAACGCGUCUCUGCUUGGCGGUGUCCUAAGACGGGCAAAGAGUAAAAACGGAGGCCGGCUGCUGAGGGAAAAGUUGGAGAAAAUCGGUCUCAAUCUGCCGGCAGGAAGACGCAAAGCGGCCAACGUAACACUACUAACCUCGCUGGUGGAAGGCGAAGCAAUCCAUUUGGCGCGCGAUUUCGGCUACGUCUGCGAAACCGAAUUCCCGGCGCGUCAGGUUGCCGAGUACCUGUCCCGACAGUACUCGGAACCGCAGGAAUCAUACCGACGGAAAGAACUGCUCAUCAAUACCAAACAGAUUACAAAAGAACUUAUGGAUCUACUGAAUCAAGAUCGGUCUCCGCUGUGUAACACUCGGCCGCAACACAUUUUGGAUCCCUCGAUACAGCGACAUCUUACGCACUUUUCACUCAUUUCACAUGGUUUUGGUUCGCCCGCCAUUGUUGCAGCUCUGACAGCUAUUCAGAACUUCCUCAACGAAUCCAUCAAGCACCUAGAUAAAAUGUAUCCCGGAAACGGCGGAAGUAUGGUGACCUCAUCCCUAGACAAAAACAAAAUGGACAACGACAAGAAAUGA